AGUUACAAACAAUCCUUCGUAUAGGAAAGAAGCACAUUAAAAGAAUUGCACCGCAAAAGUCACGUUCGGAGUAGUUCGAUAAAAAAGAUGGUACCGUUCGUCUGCUUAUUAGUCGUAGGGUUAAGUGGGUCAGUCGUGUCGGCUCCAGUUUCAGGUCGAAGGGAUCAAUAUUAUACAACCAAAUACGAUCACGUCGAUGUAGAGAUGAUUUUGAGUAAUAGAAGAUUGGUUUAUUAUUACACGGCGUGUAUACUCAAUAAAGGGCCGUGCUCGCCCGAAGGACUAGAAUUUAAAAAACUUAUACCGGACGCGUUACGAACCAACUGCAAACGAUGUACGGAAAAACAAAAAAUCGCCACCGUUCAAGCCAUAAAAGGUUUAAUGAACAGAUACGAAACCGUCUGGGAACAACUCAAAGCCGAAUGGGACCCCGACGAUCUAUACGUAAAAAAAUUCCUCGAAACUCACGGCGACAGCGCCCUCGUCGCCAAUCCGAACGUCAUUUCGAACAGAUUCGACAACGACGAUUCCUCCGAUCAAACACAAUCGUCGUCGAAUUCGACUACGACUCGAAUCGAAUCAACUACGUCUGUUUACACUAAUGUAGGGAUAAAUUCGCGUCCAGUACCGGCUCUAGAUCCCGCAAUUGCGCCAUUGGCAAACUCGAUAGGAGAAAGCAUUAGGGCUACGAUUUAUGGAAUUUCCCAAUUUUGUCAUACGUUUAAAGUAAGUCUCAUUGUUUUGUUGCAUCAACUCACAUCGUCAGUUGCAGAGAAUUCUGUCAAAUUUUUCCUAACCCCUACGAACGGUUAACAACAUGGCGGCACUAUAUUCAAGCGGACACUAUUAUACCUCAUAGGUUAUAACAACCAGAAGAAGAGUCUGAUUACCAUACCAAACGUUAAUUUAUUAUUUUUUAGUACAUAUUUUUUUUCGAAGUACUGAGGUUUUUUUUUAAUUUUAUUUUUUUAACGUACUAACGUGUAUACAUCGUUGAUCACGCAACGAGGGCAUGAUUCAACUCGAGGCAGGUCCGCAUUGAGGAUCAAUUGGUAUAAUAUGAAAAAUUAACGGUGAUGUCUCUUUUCUGGGUUUAUUUAGGCUGUAUAUAUAAAUUUAAUUGGGAAUAAGGGCUACGACGGUAUAUCGACAUUAUAUAUGAAACGAUAAUGAAAAUAUAUAGAAUCGCUAGUAAAAAAAUGGCGUUUAAAAUUAUUAAAUCUGUAAGUACAGUUUAAUAUAAAUAUUUUUAUAUUAAAAAUGAAACUUGUCCAUUGCUCUUUAUUAAUUUUAAUUUAUACGAAAUACUUGUCACGUGACUAAUUCGUAUUAUAUAAAUAACGCUUCGAAUUUACAUUUUAAUUAUUUCGAAUCUAGUCACAUAGGAUGCCACUUCAAUUUUUGAAUGACAAAAUAUUUCAAUAGUGUAAUUGUCAGUUUAUUUUCAAAAAUUCAAAUACAAUUAUUUCAUAAUAACAAAA